GUGUUGUUGGCGGUGCCGGCGCCAUAUUGGAAGGGACGAGGCGGCGUUUUUUUUUUUGCCCCCCCUCAGCCCCCCCGCCCGCCGCCUCAGGAAUAACGGAGCCCCCCUCAGAGCGGGCCUCGCUGCCGACGCCGCCAUGCUGUACCUAGAGGACUAUCUGGAAAUGAUCGAACAACUUCCCAUGGACCUCCGCGACAGGUUCACCGAGAUGCGCGAGAUGGACCUGCAGGUGCAGAAUGCAAUGGAUCAACUGGAACAAAGAGUAAAUGAAUUUUUUAUGAAUGCAAAGAAAAACAAGCCGGAAUGGAGAGAAGAACAAAUGACAUCAAUUAAAAAGGAUUACUAUAAAGCCCUAGAAGACGCAGAUGAAAAAGUACAGUUGGCGAAUCAGAUUUAUGACUUAGUAGACCGCCACUUGAGAAAAUUGGACCAGGAAUUAGCAAAAUUUAAAAUGGAACUUGAGGCGGAUAACGCUGGGAUUACAGAAAUAUUGGAAAGGCGUUCUUUGGAACUGGAUACACCAUCACAGCCACUGAACAAUCACCACGCUCAUUCACACACCCCAGUAGAAAAACGGAAGCAUAAUCCCUCAUCUCACCAUGCAGCGGCAGAUCAUGUCCCUGAAAAGAAGUUUAAGUCUGAAGCUCUUCUGUCAACUCUCACUUCAGAUGCCUCUAAAGAAAAUACACCAGGGUGUCGAAACAGUAAUUCAUCAUCCUCAUCCAACAGUGCAUAUAAUGCAAAUUCUUCUCAGCCAUUGGCAUCGUAUAACCUGGGCUCAUUAUCUUCAGGAGCUGGAGCUGGUGCUAUUACCAUGGCAGCAGCUCAGGCAGUGCAAGCCACAGCACAGAUGAAGGAAGGAAGGAGAACGUCUAGCCUAAAAGCGAGUUAUGAAGCCUUUAAGAACAAUGACUUCCAACUUGGAAGAGAAUUUUCAUUAUCCAGGGAUACUGCUGGGUACUCAUCAUCCGCCUUGGCAUCUACAUUAUCUCAGACUUUGAGUUCAUCAACCACAGAUUCACGGAGUGGUCGAAAAAGCAAAAACAAUAACAAAUCUUCAAAUCAACAAUCGUCGUCAUCUUCCUCGUCUUCCUCCUUGUCAUCUUGUUCCUCAUCCUCGGCUCUAGCACAGGAACUGUCUCAACAAACAGCAGUAAUACCAGAGUCCGAAUCUAAUAGCCAAGUUGAUUGGACCUAUGAUCCAAAUGAGCCACGUUACUGCAUUUGUAAUCAGGUGUCCUAUGGUGAAAUGGUGGGCUGUGAUAACCAGGAUUGCCCUAUCGAGUGGUUCCAUUAUGGCUGUGUCGGAUUGACAGAAGCACCAAAGGGAAAAUGGUACUGCCCACAGUGUACCGCUGCAAUGAAGAGAAGAGGCAAUAGGCAUAAAUAAAUGUCCUGCUCGCUUCGCUUCAAUUAAAAAUAUGUGCUAUGCUGCGGGGAAAGGGGAGGGAAACGCUUCUUUGGAACCAGUCAAAGGAGGAUGGAUUUAGCUGUCAUAAAAUGUCGACUUCUUAAUUUUGCUAGUUGUGUUUUAAUAUUGUACUUAAAUUAUUUAUGCACCGCGGUUGUGCUAUAAAUACUUUUUCCAGUUAGCCAUGGAUUUUGUUCCAGUGGCAGACAUAUGCAGACAUUUGUACUCUCUUAACCAUUUUCUCUAAGCGGUGGGCAUUCUCCAACAAUUCAGCCUUCAAAUAAUUCCAGCAAAUUUAAGAUUUUGAAUGGUUUUAUAUUUAGCUGGCAUUCUACUGCAUGUUCUGUACUCGAGAGCUGUUAAUGUGGGAUUUUGUGUAUAUAAGUGUUGCAGAAAGAACGUUAAGAGAAUGGAUUUUUUUCCAGACGCCUUUAUAGCUUUGUUUCUUGUUGAAACUGAAUUCAGCAGGCUGAAGAAAAUGGUUCUUGUAUACACUGGGCUGGUGUCCUCUAGAGUACUUGGUAAAUAAAAACAGACUCUUGUACACUUUAAAACAAAAAUUGUACCACUAGUCUUUAUAUGUUUUGGGGCCAUUCAGGGCACAGGUCAUUAAAAAAGGGUGUUAAAGUGAUAAACCUUUUAUACCAAAUGUGUUUAUUUUUGUGUGCAAGUGAUCCUUUAAAUUGAAACUGUAUUAGGUGUUAAAAUUAAAAGGAAAAAAAUCAAACGCUAGUAUUAAUGCUUGGCAUACUUUAUCAGAAAAGUACAGUAAAACAUUUCAUGGAGGCUUUCAUAAUAUGCUGUCUAACUGGAGGAUUUUAAAUAGUUUUUAUUUUUUAAGAAAAUAUAUAAAUAAAAGGUUUCCAUCUCUGACAUACUAA